GCCAGGCAGCACCGGCCAAGCGCAGGGCGCGGCACGGAGAGCGAGCGGAGCGGCGGCCGUCUGCGCGAGACCGUGCGGCGGCUCCCGGGCCGCCGGGGAUGGGAGACCAGUAGCCGGCGGGGCCCGAGCGGCCGGAGCGGCGGGACGCCGGCAUGAGCGCGAGCGGCCCGGUGGCUCCCGGGGACGGCCCCGCGCUGCCGCCGCCGCCGCCCGGGCCCGGUCCGGGGCCCGCACCGCCUGCGCCCGCCGCCGCCGCCCGGGACGCCAUGGACGGGCGCGCCGAGCUGCCCGCCUUUCCCCGGGCCGGAGCCCCGCCGCUCGCCGCCAGCGACACAGUGCCCGCGGCGCCCGAGGGGGCUGGUGCGGCCCGGCCGGGCCCACCGCCGCGCCCCACCUCUUUCUCGGUGCUGGACAUCCUGGACCCCAACAAGUUCAACAGCAGAAGACGCCGCUGUGUGCUGCUGGGCCCCGUGGCGCCCGCCGCGUGCGCCCCGUGCGCCCCGGCCCCUGCCGCCCCAGGACGCCCGCCGCGCGCGGAAGAGCUGGAGCGCCGCGCCCUCGCCGCCGCCGGAGGAGCUGGAGCCGCCACCGGAGCUGAGCCGCCGCACGCCGGCGACCCCGACCCGGCGGACGAGGCCGAGGCCAACGGCUACAGCAGCGGCCGCAGCCCGAGCGCAGACAGCGGGGACGAGGCACCCGACGACGACGACGAGGACCCGGCGCCCGAGGCGGGGGCGGCGCGCGGCGCGGAGGAGGCGCGGGGAGGCGGCGGCGGCCUCGGGGCCCGCGGGUCGGGCUGUGCGGACGCGGCCGAGGCCGAGGCGACCCCCGGCGCCGUGGACGAGACCGCGGCCACCGGCCCCCGCGGGAACUCGCCCGGAGCCCCGGGCCCGCCGGGGGCCUCGGCGGCGGCGGGGGUCGCGGGGACCACCCCGCAGGGCGCGGCGGCGGCGACGAAGCCCAAACGGAAGCGCACGGGCUCCGACUCCAAGUCCGGGAAGCCGAGGCGCGCGCGCACCGCCUUCACCUACGAGCAGCUCGUGGCGCUGGAGAACAAGUUCAAGGCGACGCGCUACCUGUCGGUCUGCGAGCGCCUCAACCUGGCGCUGUCGCUGAGCCUCACCGAGACGCAGGUGAAGAUCUGGUUCCAGAACCGCCGCACCAAGUGGAAGAAGCAGAACCCAGGCGCCGACACCAGCGCGCCGACCGGCGGCGGCGGGGGGCCGGGCCCGGGCGCGGGGCCGGGCGCGGGGCUGCCCGGCGGCCUCAGCCCGCUCAGCCCGUCGCCGCCCAUGGGCGCGCCGCUGGCCAUGCACGGCCCGGCCGCGUACCCGGCGCACGGCCCCGGCGGCCUGGUGUGCGCGGCGCAGCUGCCCUUCCUGUCGAGCCCGGCGGUGCUGUCGCCCUUCGUGCUGGGCUCGCAGACCUACGGCGCGCCCGCCUUCUACGCGCCGCACCUCUGAGCGCGGCCGGCGAGGACUCGUGCGCGGCCGGUCGCUACAGGAGUUUUAAAUUUAUAAUCGACUGUCCGCAUUGGGCGGCUUGGCCCGCUCGGAAGCACUUUGCUGAACUUCCCUCAAUCAAUAAACCGCAGGAGGCCGCGCCCGCGUCCCUCAGGCUCCCGCGCCACC